AUGGGAACCACUUCAGGACCAUCGUUCUUACUCGAGGACGGACUACCAUACCGCAUGCCAAGCGGGGCAAGCCCCGUGCUGCACCCUAGCACUCCCUUCAGUAAUCCUCCGGUAAUUCAGACUACGGUGGAAGCAGAGCUCUUGGCUCAAAUGAUUUCCCUUCAGAAGGAAAUGGCCAAGCUCCAAGAAUAUAACAACCUCCUCUCAUCCAAAGUAGACGAAACUCAGCGGCUGCUUAAUCAGCAGGAAAUGCAGAAUAUCUAA